GCGGCGUGGGGGGAACACAGUACCCAGUCAGAAGCAAGGAGGUACUUGUCGUUUACAGGCCGGAGGGCAGACCAGCAUCCCUCCAACCAUAUAUCUUAAACAUACCAAUCACACUUUGGGGACGGGACUCUAUGGAGCAGUGGGAGCUCUCUUUGAGAACCCUGUCUCCUGAAGAAAAUUUUUAGGUGGGGUCACUGAAGUGAUGCAGCUCCCCAAACUGAGCUGGAAAACUGAUACGCCAGUUUGGGUUGAUCAGUGGCCCCUACCAAGAAAAAAGCUGCAGAUUUUAAAUGAUUUAGUGAAUCAGGAAUUGGCCAAAGGACACCUGGAGUCUUCCACCAGUCCCUGGAACACUCCAGUGUUUGUCAUUCAAAAAUCCUCAGGUUCCUGGAGAUUUCUCCAGGACCUGCGAAAAGUGAAUGAAGUCCUGGAACCAAUGGGAGCCCUCCAGCAGGGAAUGCCAGCUCCAUCCAUGCUCCCUGCUGAAUGGCCCCUAGUGGUUAUUGAUAUCAAGGACUGCUUUUUUCACAUAUACCUAAAUCCGGCUGAUUCGAUUAAAUUUGCGUUUUCUGUCCCUGCCAUCAACGCUUGUGAACCUCACCGCAGGUUCCAGUGGAAGGUGCUUCCCCAGAGGAUGAAAAAUUCCCCAACACUCUGUCAGAUGUAUGUGGCAGAAGUGUUGCGUCCAAUUCGGCAGAAAUACCCACAAUCAAUCAUCUUCCAUUAUAUGGAUGAUGUGUUGAUUUGUGCCAAAUCUCAAUUGGUUGUGAAUAAAACGUUAAAUUCAACUAUUUCGGCUCUAAAAGAUAAAGGAUUGGAAAUAUCCCCUGAAAAGGUUCAAAGGGAAGCACCCUGGAGGUAUCUUGGACUCAAAAUUACAGAAAUGGCCAUCAGGCCUCAGGCAAUCGAAAUUGACAAGCGAGUCCAGACAUUAAACGACCUCCAAAAACUACUGGGAGCGAUCAAUUGGAUCAGACCUGUGCUGGGGAUCACAACUGAUGAUCUGCACCCAAUGUUCGAGCUGCUCUGAGGAGAUGCUGACCUGUCCUCCCCUCAUCACUUAACAUCAGACGCAACAAAGGCCCUAUCCACUGUUGAAAAGAAAGUGUCCUAAAGACAAUCGUGUAGGAGGAUGGAGGGACUGCCAUCCUCCUUGGUAAUCAUAAGGGAAGAGAGAAAGCCUCUCGGCCUUCUAGGCCAGUUUACCGGUGAC